UCUAAAGAGGAAUCCGAGCUCGGCGAUUAUGAAAAUAGUCGAGAAAAGAAGUGACGUUCUUGUACGAGAGUGUGCGUCGCAGUUGUAACGAGCGAAACAGCUGGAAAGUCCGUGAAACGCGUUUUCGUUAUCUCGUAAAGAGUCGAGAAUCUCUGCCUAUAUCGUGCUUGCUCGCUCGCGCCGAGACUGUCAAAGCAUAGCGGCCUUAUACACAAUACAAGAGAGUCUCUUGGUUGCACACAAAACAUAACAGUGCGCACGGAAUAUGGCUGCCAACGAGCAUCAGCAGAAAGAGGAGGAGGAUGGGCAUGAACCAGCCCACCAUGCCAGAAGACCAAUGAAUGCCUUUCUGAUUUUUUGCAAAAGGCAUCGAGCAGCUGUUCGAUCUGGUUUUCCACAUUUAGAAAAUCGUGCUGUCACCAGAGUCCUUGGAGAAUGGUGGGCUAUGCUAUCCAAUGAUCAAAAGGAAGCUUACACAAAUUUGGCUCAGGAGUACAAAGAUGCAUUUUUAAAUGCCAAUCCAGACUUCAAAUGGUACAAAUUACCAGCUCCCCCACUUCGUACACUUAAUACUAGGCCAACAAACAAGAAGACAGAUGCUGGUCAAUCUGACAGUGGUUCUGAAAUGACCAAUCUUAAAUUGGAUGAAGACUCUAUCCAACCAGGAAAAUUAGCUGAUGAAUCUCAGAUUGGUGGAUUGAGUUCCUUGUUCACACCACAAAAAGUCAACCCCAAAAUUGACAUUUCUGAAGAUGAAGACGACGAUAACGUAGCUCUUCAGGUACCAAAGCCACCCAAGAAACGUUUUAUAGAGUUACCUAUAUCGGCUGAAUUGAAGGAAGAUUGUAAAGUUGAUCUGUUUGGAGAUAAGAAAAGCCGAGCGGAGUCUAACAAUAAUAAUCAUCAUCUGAAUAUGAAGGAGGAUAAAGACGAGGACCAGACGUACAUCGACGUUGAUGCCGCUUAUCGAAAUGAAAGAACUUGUAAGGGUUUACGUUACCAGAAAUUUUUGGCCGAGCAGUUGACUUCUAAUCAAGUCAAACAACGACGUAUCACUGGAUUACCAAAUGUUGAUCAACAUACUAGAGAAAGAAGAAAUUCCAUAUCGUCUAACGUUAGCGAGAAGACAGAUUCUUUGAGUAGCGAAGGUACCAGUUCUCGUGGAGAUUUAGAACAUCUUGUUGAGGGAGCUGAAGGUAACUUGGAGGCUUCUAAACCUGAGGAUACAGAGACUGAAGGAUCUGAAGCGCACAUGAAUUGGAUGUCGCGGAAGAGGUUCAAGGCUGAGGAUUUUAAUUUAGAAAAGAAAAUUGAAGCUUUGCCAUCACUGAGUCUAGAAGAAUUUCAAGCUAUGAAAAAACAGCAACGCACGAAAAAGAAAAAAAUCCUUCAGAAAGUCGGUGGCAUAUCAAGGAAAACAAAUCAUGACGGCUCCCCAAACCGAAUAUCAAAUAUACAAACAGAAACAGAGAAGGCUUUACUGGUUGGUAGUCAGAAGAGGAAAGCAAGAAAACAGAGCAUCACGAGAAAUACCGGGAUUGUUGAUUCUCCUAUGGAUGUUGAAAAGGAAGGACCAAAUAAAGCCUGGUGUGCACCAUCAGACCUUGAUGCACUAGUAUGCCUAGCAGCAGUAGCCGCUAACCGCGCUAAGUUGACGAAAUCGUAAAAGCAUCGACAAGGAAAAGAAAAAGGUUUGGUGCAGCAAGGUGGCCAUCGUUUGUUCCGUCUCCCUUGCAAUUUAUUUUAUUUAUUCGAAUGAACGAAAAAGAAUCCUUCUUGCUGCGAUUUUUAUUCUCAAACUUUUGCUAGCGCUCUGAUAGCAUUACUUUUAUAUAUUUAAUAUUUACUCAAUGUUUGAUGAAAAGUUUGAGCGAGUAACAAGCAGGGACUCUGUUUUUUAAUUGCGUGUGUACAUAAACAAAUCAAGUAAUAGGUGCAGUAUUAUUAAUUCUCUUUUUCGUUUUCUCUUUGUUCGUUAAUUUUUCUUUUUAUUUGUCGACAAUUAUGAAUCAAAAUGUACAGAUGUGGGCGCGCGCACGCGCGCGCGUAUAUGAGUGUGUGUGUAUGACUAUGUGUGCAUGCGUGCGUAUAGGUUGUUCAUGAAUUUGCGUACACGAUCUUUUUUUGCAAAUCGAUUUAUUUUUUGACUCACAAACUAUUUUGUUCGGAUUUUGAUUAUGUUUUAAUUGUUUGUAUAAAGAGAUUUCGUUUGGUACCAUAAGCUAUGAUAUAAGUAACUUCCAAAAAAUUUUCAGUGAAUUUUAUUUCGUGUAUUUGGAGAUAUGAACAACUGACAGAACUUUUUUUAUGCAGCAUGCUGACGUCGAGGUGAAGUAGUCAUGAAUCUUUUAUAUGAUAGAAUCUUUGAUCAGAGUUAUCUGUGAAACAUAAUUCAAGUGCUUAAAGAUAUAGUGUCAACUACUUUUUUCAACGAAAUGGACCAAGAAAAGGACUAUGACGAAUGUGAUGUAUAACUUUUGCCUCAUUGUAAAAUUUUCAAUUUCCGUCUACGAAUCCGAGCAAUAAUUGUAAACUAUGAGUAAGACCCGAAUUGACAAUGGCAAGUAGAAUAGUAACAGAAAUUGAAGACAGAAUGAGGAACAGGAUUUCUCAAAUCUCUAACAAAAAAAGCACUCCGAUCAAUGAUUCUAUGAGCAGAGAGACGAUAGACUCGCGUUGACAAAGCAUUAAGGCCACUAAUACAUAAGUGUAAAUGUAUAUUUAUGAUAAUUAUAUAGCUGAAAUAUACCGUACAUAAAAGUGGAAACAAACUAAUCAAAACAAAUUUACUCGUGUAAUGAGACAAAGGAUUUAAUUCUCGUGUCUGUCGUGUAUUUUUGGAAUGUUGGUGAAAGUAAGAGACUUGUCUGUGAUGAUUUUGGCUAAAGGAAUUUUUAAUGUUUUAUAUUUUUCUAUUUGACACUGACUCUUUGUUUUUCGUUGAGCGAAAAGAUAAGGAUUCGACGCUUCAUGUUCUUUCUCAAUGUGUCGCUUAAUUGUUCAUUUUGAAUGAAUUGGUCAAUUCUAAUUGUGCGUUGUAGUGUUUCGAUUUUCCAAUAAAAGAUAAAUGAAUUACACUAUCCUGUCUAACAAUAGAUAAAUCGAAGAUUGAACAGUUUUUUCUGAUAAGAUGACCAAUUAAGAUGAGUUUGAAGUUGACUGUUUGCGAUUAUAACGUAAACAGAAAUGCUAUUUAGAAAGAAAAAAUAAUGUGCCUUUGGAGAUGAACACCGGAAAGCGACCACACUGAGAGGAAGACGAUAGUCUUUUGCAACUAUAAUAUACAUAAUACAAAGAAAUAGUUCUGCUUCCUUUGUUCGCCCAACGUUGAGGGGGUGACUUCUUUUUGGUGAAAAUUUUGUCUCAGAGUUUGUACAUGAUUGCGAGUUUUUGACAUAGAACACUCUCAAAUGGAAAUUGGGAUAAAUGUUUAAUAGAUUAGCCAAUUCGACAAUGAUUCAUAAGAGGAUUUAUCUAUUAUUUGAUAGCUUUUAAAGAUUUUACAGCUCAAAGAGUGUAUAAGCUUUAACAGAAAUGUAAUUUACACUGACUAUAUUAUUGAAUUAUUAUCUAUAAAUAUGUAUACACAAAAAAUGCUUGUAUCAUAUUGUAUAAUGUUUAUAUCAAUAAUAAAGGUAUAA